AUGUCAAGAUUUGAAGUACUCCGAAACGUAGAUGAAGCUGGGCGUCAACUUGAAGUGGGUAAUGAUAAGUUGGAUACUCCAAGGAUUAAAGUCGGUUCGGUAAAACUUCAAACACGAGAUUAUAAUGAACUAGAAAAAGCAGCAUUAAAGAUAGCUGAACUGGCUUGGAUAUUAUUACAAGUCACCGGGAAUUCAAGGAAAAAUACAGAAUCGUGCUGUCUUCAGAAAACGACGACGUAUACCUACACAGAAAAAUGCCAAUAUUCAUUACCACCACUGUCUGACUAUGAGGCUGUUCCGUCAAAACUCUAUUGUACUUAUCAUGGAGAAUGUGAGACAAGUGCAGUGAGAUGUCCCAGUCAUAUCACCGCUCCGAACAUUUUUUGCACGCACCGAUUACAACAACAACAUCGAGUCGACCGCAUCUGUAAUUGGUACGUGGAAGGCGAACGAAUAGUCGAGUCUUCAGAAGAUUAUGUUGUGACAUCAAGACCGGAACAUACGCGAGAACUACUCGUCUUCCCACGCGAACAUAAAACUAACAAGCAAUUAGUCAAGUCGUACGACUUUUGGUGGUGA